AUGUUCAAACGCGUCGAAAAACGCCGUCGUAGACAGGAGGAGGAGGAGGAACUCGGGAUCGACGAUGCACUGAAGGAUGUGCUUGGGCUGCACGAAACAGAUUCGGAGGAGUCGGACUCAGAUGAGUCGGAUGAUUCUGCCUCCGGCUCAGAUGAAGUCGAGGAGGACGAACGAAGCGGAGAGGAAGAGGAUUACGGUGACGAAGAUGAUGAAGACGAGGAUGAAGAAGACUCCGACGAUGACGGGCAGGAAGGCCAGGAAGACUCUGAGGACGAAGAAUACCAUCCCUCCAUGACCAUAAAAGAUGCUCUCACGUAUCCUAUAUACACGCUUCCCUCAGUCCCGGACGUCGAAGAGUGCAUCGUGUGCCCCGGAAGGCAGUUUAAAACGGAAGAUAUCGUCAAAACACACGUCGAAUCUAAGGCACACCAGCGCCGACUCAAACAGUUCAGGGCGUUUGCCGAGUCAACUGGGACCUCAAAAGACUCAGACGCAUGGGAACUUGUCAAGCGGAGACAGAAAGAGAUACCAUCCGCCGUGGUACUCGCGUCCACCACACCGUCGACAACACAGUUGUCCAAACGGAGUCAGAAGCGUGAAAAGCAAAGGGCGGAUAUCGAACUGAAGCGUAAAAAACAGCUCCAGAAGAAAAUGAAACAGAAAUCCAAGGCCGAAAAGAAAAAGGCCACAACUGUCCCUGCAGUCGAACCGCCUCGCAAGAAGAAGAAAGUCGAGCAGGGCGAAAGAGAGAAGCAGGUCCCUGUUGCUGCAGCUCCUUCUAGCGCAUCUAAAUCUCGAAAGAUGGAACGCACAGCGAAACCAGAGCAGAACGGGCUCAAGCCCGAGCCCAAGCACAAGGAGAUGCCUGCCACCCGAAAACGAGAACAGAGAGACGAUCAGCCCAAAUCGAGAAGCAAGGACCAGAAGCCAGGCAAGAGGUCCAAAGUCGAUAGGAGCAAUGCGUUGCAGAUAUUUGAUUAGCUUACAAGCACGAACAGUCCCAUUGUCCAUUAUAAAUAGCCCAUAUAAGGUACAGGGUAGAACGAGCCAGAACGGCUGGGAUCAUGCGAGCGACUGUAGCACUCGG